GCAUGGUAAACCCUGAGCUAGUCACGGGGACCAUGAGCUUCCCACACGCUCCUCCGACUGAAAUCAAUCCAAAUCGCCCACGCGUCCCAUCAUCGACGGCUAGAAAUCUCUUCUUCCACUUGGCAGAUUUGAUAAGCUUAUAUGCCAUUCUUCAACCUUCCUCCAAUUACGCCAUUGUUACUGUCCUGAAAAGCCUCCAUUUCCAUUCUCUUUCUCCAACUCUCUCCACAAUGCCUCUGAUCACAUCUUCUCCUUCUUCUUCUUGUUCUAUAACCUCACAGACAACCAGCUUCGGCCUCUGUUUCUCACCUUCCAUUAUCAGCGCUCUCAAGAACUCGGGUGGUUCUGGUCCAUCCUCUGUGCGAGUUUCGAAGAGAAACAAUGCGGCUGUUCAUGGUGGUUCGAUGAGUUUCGCCUCUACCAACGCUCAUAGUCGAUCAAUUGUGGACGUAGUGUUCGAGCCCUUCGAAGAAGUCAAGAAGGAGCUCCUUCUUGUCCCAACUUAUCCCCAUGAUUCUCUUGCUCGCCAGAAGUACACAGACCAGUGCGAGAAAGCCAUCAAUGACCAAAUCAACGUGGAAUACACAGUCUCCUAUGUGUACCAUGCCAUGUAUGCUUACUUCAGCAGAGACAACGUUGCUCUCAACGGCAUUGCCAAGUUUUUUAAGGAUUCAAGUGACGAAGAAAGACAACAUGCAGAAAAACUGAUGGAGUACCAGAAUAAACGAGGAGGAAAAGUUAAACUAAAGUCCAUGCUACUGCCCUGGUCCGAGUUUGACAAUGAAGAAAAGGGUGAUGCAUUGCAUGCAAUGGAGCUUGCGCUGGCUCUGGAAAAGCUUAACAAUGAAAAACUUCUGAAUUUACACACUUUAGCCGAAGAAAACAAAGAUGCGCAUAUGGCAGAUUUUAUUGAAAGUGAGUUUUUGACUGAGCAGGUUGAAUCAAUAAAGAAAAUAUCAGAGUAUGUAGCUCAGCUGAGAAGGGUGGGCAAGGGACAUGGUGUUUGGCACUUUGAUAAGGUGCUUCUCGAUGCUGGUGUUGCUUGAUGAAAAUGUAAAAACAACAUUCUUGGUAUUCUUAAGUUCACCUUUUCUUUGUUCACUCUUUCUAGUAUUUGUUCCCUUGCAGUGGCUUAACAUUUUUAGGUCUAUAUUUUUCAGAGGAAUCUUUAUUAGUUCAUAAUUGCUCGAGCUUGACUACGAAAUUUUGUUGCUAUAAAAGUUGAGGAGUGACUACUUUCAUGAGGUUCAAUUAAUUUAUUUUUCUUGACUUGUGAUUUCA